UUGAAGAUCCACCAACUCAAAUCAACAUGAAAAAGAACAUCCUUGGCCUCUGCAUUCACAUCUGUGUCCACCUGUAGGAAAUGUUGCUAUAUGUAAUGUACACAGACUGUCAUAUUUUGGGAGAUUUAACCAGAAGGAUCGCAUUGCCCUCAACAUUUGAUCUCUUCUAAAUUUGACUUCAGCAUUACCAUGAAGUCAUCAGCUUAUCUUGCAGCUUGGCCAUGGACAAACUUGGGCAGUCUUAAGUAUCUGUUGUAUGGGCCCUUGAUAGCCAAGGCAAUACACACCAAUUUCUAUGGAGAAAAUGGAGGAGACAACUGGUGCUUUCAUAUCUUACUGGUUUCUCUUCUCAGAUGUACAAUCUGUCAGAUAUGGACCACUUAUAGCAACAUGUAUUGCCUGUCCAGUAGGCAUAAGAUUUGCAGAAAAGAUGCUGAGUUCGAUCAAAUGGACAGAGAAUGGGAUUGGGACAACUACAUCAUAUUGCAAGCCUUCAUGGCAGCUGCAGCACAUUAUUACUUACCAUUUCUGAGCAAUCUCCCUGCAUGGAAUGCAAAGGGACUGCUCUAUGUGGCCAUUCUCCAUAUGGGUCCAGUAGAAGCCUUGUACUACUGGCUGCACCGUGCGUUUCACACAGAUUUUCUCUUCAAGAACUAUCAUUCUCUCCACCAUGCCUCCAUUACUCUUCAACCACAGACAACUGGGACAGCCACCUUUCUGGAGCACAUUGUUUUGACAUUAAUAAUGGCAGUACCCAUCGUAGGAGCAGGACUGAUGGGAGGAGCAUCAAUGGCCAUAAUCUAUAUUUACUAUCUUCUCUUUGAUUCGCUUAGAUUUAUGGGCCACUGUAACGUGGAAAUGAUGCCUGAAUCCCUUUUCCGUAGUGUUCCUAUGCUCAGAUAUCUCAUCUACACUCCCUCGUAUCAUAGUCUGCACCACACAGAAAUGAGCACAAACUAUUGCCUAUUUAUGCCACUUUAUGACCAUCUGUGGGGCACAUUGAACUCAAAGUCAUGGACUCUCCAACGAUCCGUGUGUGCAGCAGGGGAAGAUAAUAGGGUUCCAGACUUUGUAUUCCUGGCUCACAUAGUGGAUGUGCUUUCGUCCCUUCACGUACGAUUUCUCCUCAGAGGAUUUACUGCCACACCUUUUAGGUCAUGGUGGUUUCUAUGGCCCUUGUGGCCAGUGGUCAUACCAGUCAUGUUUGUAAUGUGGAUUUGGGCAAAACCAUUCGUGAAUACUGGUCACAAAUUGAAAGGAUACCUUAAUCAUACCUGGGUUGUUCCCAGGUUUGGAUUCCAGUAUUUUAUUCCUUUUGCUCAUAAAGGCAUCAACAAUCUCAUUGAGGAAGCCAUACUGAGUGCAGACAAAAUGGGUGUGAAGGUUAUCAGUCUUGCAGCUCUUAACAAGAAUGAAGCUCUCAAUGGUGGAGGAACUCUUUUUGUUAAGAGGCUUCCGAAUCUGAGAGUGAGGGUUGUUCAUGGAAAUACCUUAACAGCAGCUGUGGUCAUCAAGGAAAUAAAACUACAUGUUAAAGAGGUUUUCUUGACUGGAGCCACUUCUAAACUUGGCAGAGUCAUUGCUUUGUACCUCUCCAGGAAGGGGGUCCGUGUACUGAUGCUUACAAAUUCAGAGGAACGUUUUAAAUCAAUUCAGAAAGAGGCUCCUCCUGAAUUGCAGAAGUUUCUAGUUCAGGUGACAAAGUAUGAAGCAGGUCAAAAUUGCAAGACGUGGAUCGUGGGAAAAUGGAUUGCCUUCAAGGAGCAGAGAUGUGCACCCCCUGGAACCCACUUCCAUCAAUUUGUGGUUCCACCAAUAUUUGAAUUGAGGAAUGACUGUACCUAUGGAAAAUUGGUAGGCAUGCAAUUGCCUGAUGCUGUGGAAGAACUUUCAACCUGUGAAUACAAAAUGUCAAGGAGAUGUGUCCAUGCAUGCCAUGCUGGAGGAAUUUUGCAUUUAUUGGAAGGGUGGGAGCAUCAUGAAGUGGGAGCAAUUGAUGUUGAUAAAAUUGAUGUUGUUUGGGAAGCUGCAAUGAAGCAUGGCUUCAAAACUGUCGAGUGAACCGCAAAACUAAAGAAAUCGCCAAGUCAUUGCUAUGUUACUAUUUAUGUUCCAUUGCUAGUUCUAUUGAUUUAAAUUGCACUAGAAAGUAUAACUUUCAAAAAUGGCAUUGGGUAAGUGCCAAAUCAAUGUCAUAUAGCUAUUAUGUCAUGUUUCCAUGGAAAGUUGGAUGGCUAUCAAGUGUAAUUCUAUCAACAAUAGAAAAUUGAUGGUUAUUAAGUGUAAUUUAUUAUUUUAAUUUAUUUAACUGUAUUGGAAUA